GGAGCUUCAGGGGCUCUGUCCUGUAGUUUGGCUCAUGCGGCUGUUCCCAGGCUGGGUAUAGGAUCUCUGAUGUCCCUGUUAACCAAAAAAUCUGGUGUUGCCCAGGGCUUGUGCAUUUGGAGUCCAGUGUGGAAAACUGGGGUCCUGGAGGGUCCAUGGAGCUUUGCAGGUUCUGCUUGACCUUCCCAAGCAACCAGAUUGGUUUGCAACGUCAGUCCACCAACAUUCUGAGUAUCCUGAAAAGCUGGGAAUUGCCUCUAUUUGCAAGAUUUAUUUUUCCCCCUAAAAAAAAAAAACCCACAAAAACAAAAAACCCCCACAAACCACUAAAACCCCCUUUUUUCCUCUUGCUCCUGCAUUCCCCUUCCACCAGGUUUCCCCAGGGACAGUGGGAUUGCUCUGCAGCUUGGGGUUUUGCUCUGAAGGAGUUGUCACAAGAGCAUGGUUACUCCAGAGGAGGGCUGGAAGCUGGGAAUGCUGGGGCAGUGGGUGGGACAGACCCCAAGCAGCAGAGAACAGCAGGAAACUCAGUCUUGCACCUGUCCUGACGUGAGCCAAAGCCUGGAAUCAGUGCUCUGGAGCAGGCUGGGCUGAAACUGGUGGUGGCCCUGAUGAAUCUGUUGUCCCCCAGGAACAGUUUUUGGCAGGAACACAGUUAGGAGAGGCAAACCCAUUCUGCUGGGCGGCUCUGAUGGUGUUUAUUUAACCUCACCUUAUCAGGGAUGGUUUCCCCACACCUGACUAAGCACUGGCACCAGUGGGAUUAGUACUCAGCACACCCAUCCUCCCGCUCACAGGGCAUUGUCUCCUUCCCCUGGUACCUCUGUGGAGACUCUCAGCCCGCCUCAUGCCAGCUGGAGCUGGGGGCAGCAUGUCUGGUGCCAGUCACAGCGUCUUGGUGCCUCAGUUUCCCCUCAGUUUGACAGGACAAAAGGAAGCAGCCUCAAGUUGUACGAGGGAAGGUUGAGGUUGGAUAUUAGGGGAGAAUUCUUCACUGAAAGGAUUGUCCAGCCCUGGCACAGGCUGCCCAGGGAAGCUGCGGAGUCCAGAUCCCUGAAGGGAUUUAACAGAAGUGGAUGUGGCACUUGGGGACAUGGGUUAGUGGUGGCUUUGGCAGUCCUGGGGUAACAGCUGGACUUUCAUCAUCUCAGGAGCUUUUCCAGCCUGAACUGUUCCAUGAUCCUGAUUCCCCAUCAGUGGAAGCAGGAGGGGGAUACAUUAUCCAGUGGUGGCACAGCAAGGAUUAAGCACAGCGCCCCAAGGAUUCUUUCACAGCAAAACACGAGGAGCCUCUUGCAGGAAUGAUUAAAUUCCCCUUCCAAGGUUACACUGAGACGUCACUGUAAAGCCACAGCUGGGCUGGGACCCCUGGUUAGGAGAUUCCAGCCGGCUGGAAAUCCUGUGUGUGCCAUGGAUUCACCUCGCCAGGCUCUGUUGCUGUCCCCUGCCAGGGAGUCUCUCGCACUUCUUUCUCUCAAACCCUGAGUCAGCCCAGAACCAAGGAGCCAGCUGAGCGGCAGGAGCCCGAGCCUGCGUCACCUUCGUGCUUCCCAGGUGACUCGAGGCAGGAGCAUCCCAUGGGAGCCGUUGGAUGAGGGCAUUCCUGAUUUGCCCCGGCUCCGUUGCGGUGCCGUGUCCCGCUGCCCGCCGCGUGUGGCUGCCCCGACAGCUGCUCUGGUCACUCGGUGCCAUCCCACACCCCUUCCCUGCUCAGCAGAGGGUGCCAGGCUGCACCUUCCGCUUCCACGGGGAUUUCAAUUGUACCGUUACGUCCCCCUCUGUGGAAGCAGCUCGCCCAGUUCACCCAGUAACUUCCAGACCUGAAGAGUGUGGGGCAGAAAGGACCUGAAUGCCGUGCUUGGAGCAGGGGGAAGCCCUGGAAGUAAGGGCUCAUUUCUGGAUUAACUGUGUCGAUGAUUUUGGAGGAGAUUGGGUGAAAAUGGUGACGUUUAGCGGCAUUUUGUGCCCAGGGAGGGGUUAGUGGGACCCCCGGGAGGCCGUGUGUUUGCCGGUGAUUGCAACCACCGUGCUGCUCCUGCCGAAUCCCCGCAUCUCGCUGUUUUCCCACGGAGGUGAUAAACCACGGCUCGGGAGUGUUGUCACCGCAGCUCGGGUGUCCUGGUGUGUCACACGCGUCCGGGAGCGGAGCAACAUCGCCGCCGGGUUUCAUCAGGCGCUGCCAGCCUGACGCAAGGCGUGUGCGGGACAUGUCCCCGUGCCCGUGCCGGGUGUCCGCCUGAGUCACCCCUUCCGCUGACGCUGACCGGGACCGUCCGUGGCUCCGGUGACUCCCGGCUCUGCCUUCCUUCCUAGGAAAGAGGCAUCGAGGCUCCCCGGGAGCUGGCGAGGGGCCCCAGCAGCUUCAUUCCCCUGGGAGAGAUGUUCCUCCUCAGGCAGAGAUAGCGCCGUGGUUUCGUCACCGCGCUGGGGGCUUGGCCCCCAUCUCCUCCCCUGCGCUCCAGAGCCCAAACAAACAACCCAACCCACAGGCUGAGCUGGACGGGCGGUGUGGGAUCUGGCAUGGAAACCCCCCAACACCCUCAGCCCCCCAGGGCUGGGAGCGGGGAGAAGGGCGGCGGGGGCCAUCGGCGGUGCCCGUUCCGGAGGCGGGGCACUUCCAGUGGGAUCGCGCAGGAAGGUGGGGAGAGCAGCCUGCACCAGCUCCUCCAGGCCUUGGUCUCGGCAGGCAGGGUGGAUCACGUCGCCAUGGUCAUGGGGCUGCACCCCCAGUACCUCAGCAGCUUCUGGAAGACCCAGUACCUCCUGCUGCGCAUGGACGGGCCCCUGCCCUACCACAAGCGCCACUACAUCGCCAUCAUGGCAGCAGCCCGGCACCGCUGCUCCUACCUGGUGGGCUUGCACAUGGGGGAGUUCCUGCAAGUGGGGGGCGACCCUGCCUGGCUGCGGGGGCUGCACUGCGCCCCCCAAAAACUCCGCAACCUCAAUGAGAUCAACAAGCUGCUGGCGCACCGGCCCUGGCUCGUCACCAAGGAGCACAUCGAGGCUCUGCUGAAGCCAGGGGAGGACAGCUGGUCGCUGGCAGAGCUGGUGCAGGCGCUGGUGCUCCUCACACACUACCACUCGCUCGCGUCCUUUGUCUUCGGCUGCGGCAUCAAACCCGAGGAGGAGCAGGAUGUGGAGAGCGGCUGCUGGGCCCCCUCACCCCACAGCGACAGCAGCCCUGCCUCUGAUGACACCCUGGGGGGCUCUGGGGGCACAGAUGCCAUGCAGGAGCUGGAGGUGCUGAUGGAGAGGAUGAAGGUGCUGCAGGAAAACCAGCUGGAGGAGGAAGGGGUCACACAGGAGGAGAUGGCGACGCGCUUCGAGCUGGAGAAGACCGAGAGUUUGCUGGUGCCUUCCUCAGAUAUUUUGGAUCCCUCCCUGCAGUCCAACAUCCGCUGCUUCCUGGAGGACCCUGAAUUCGGAUACAAGGACUUCACACGGAGGGGGGAGCAGGCUCCCCCCACUUUCCGUGCCCAGGAUUACACCUGGGAGGAUCACGGCUACUCGCUGAUCAACCGCCUGUACCCCGAGGUGGGGCAGCUCCUGGAUGAGAAGUUCCAGGUGGUUUACAACCUGACCUAUAACACCAUUGCCAUGCACUGUGGCGUGGACACCUCCAUGCUGCGCCGCGCCAUCUGGAACUACGUCCACUGCGUCUUCGGCAUCCGCUACGACGACUACGACUAUGGGGAGGUGAACCAGCUCCUGGAGCGCAACCUAAAGAUCUACAUCAAGACAGUGGCCUGCUACCCGGAGAAGACGACCAAGCAGAUCUACACGCAGUUCUGGAGGCACUUCAAACACUCGGAGAAGGUGCACGUCAACCUGCUCCUGCUGGAGGCGCGGAUGCAGGCGGCUCUGCUCUACGCCCUCAGGGCUGUCACCCGCUACAUGACCUGAGCUGCCUCUGCUCUCUCCUCCUCUCCUCCUCCUGCCCUGGCCGUGUGGGAAAGGCCAGGGGGGGCAGCUGGUAUCCUCAAAAUUGGUCUCAGAGUAUUUGUCUCCCUGCUAAACGGGCUUAGAGCUGUGGAGGUGAAGCGGGAGCUUCCCUGCGCUUUCUCCCAGGAGAAGGGGAGCCCUCAAGGAGCUGUCAGUGCUGGGAAGACCCCGAAGCGCUGCGCUGGGCUUGGCAGAGCUGCGGGUGCCCUGCUGCUCUGUGCCUUUUUGGGGUUAGCCUGAGUGACGCCAAACUGGGCUGGCUGUGGGUGCGGUGCUGGUGCCAAGGCUGCCACUGAGGAGGACUAUCCCCCUGCCAGAGAUGGCCAGAGGAUGUCACGGGCUUCAUCCCCUGCUUUUUGGGUCCCGCUGUGCUGGGAGACACAGCUGCUGCUGGGGGUGCUGCCCAGGCACCCCCUCCCCGCUUUUCUGCCUCAUCCCCUGCAGUUUGGGAUGUGAAGUGCCUUUAACCUAAGUGCCAGGGCAGGGAAAGGGAAAGGGCAGGAAUAACCUGAGUGUGUUUUACACCUUUUUGCAUUGUUUUCCAACCACUGGCACUGGCACACCUCCACUAAAGCCUCAGCUUUAGGGGCUGAGGUGGGGAGCUGUGCUGGGGCAUGAGGCUCCCUCAGCCCCUCUCCUGCUGUGAGGGUGGCAGGGUGGGAUGGGGUGACCAUGGCUUUAUCCAGACAUCCCACAGCAUCCCAGCAGCACAGGCUGCCGUGGAGGUGCCCGUUGGGAAGCAGCAUCCAGGGCAAGCAGCAUCGCCACCCUUGGUUUGGCUGUUGAAUCAUAGCUCCAGUUAAGUUAUUUUCUACUUUCUUUUUUUUUUUUUUUUGUAUAUUAACUAGGCAUGAAAAUGCCUCUGUAAUUUUGCUAUUUAUCUUGUUUGAAAAAGAAAUAAAAUAGUUCUUUUUUUAAAA